CGGCAGUUGACCCCGUCCCACCAGGAUGACGCUGCGUGAGCAGCUGAGAGAGAAGAUAUCAGCGGCCUUCUACCGCCAUGGCUUGCUUUGUGCGUCCUAUCCAGUACCCAUCACUUUCACCUCUGUCAGCAUCCUCACCUGCUGUUAUCCAUUAUUGAGUCUUCCGUUACCUGGGACAGGUCCUGUUGAGUUCACCACAGGGGUACGUGACUAUAGUGUCCCUUCCCAUGAGCCCCGGGGAGAACUUGGAGAACAGCCUGACUGGUACCAAGGCCCUCCAGUUGCCUACAUCCAGCAGGUGUUGGUGAAAGCUGCAGUGUCACCAUGGGACAACAGUCUUGUGGCUGUGGAUGUGUUUCGUUCUCCGCUCAGUCGUGUCUUUAACCUGCUGGAUGAGAUCCGGAACCACGUGCACGCUGGCAGCUUUGGAGUCCAGAGUCUGGAAACAUUCUGUCUCCAAGUAACAGACCUACUUCCAGGGUUACGGCAGAUGCAGUCAGUUCUGCCAGAGCAUGGCUGUCUCCUCGUUUCUCCAGGCAACUACUGGCGGAACCAGCGAGAUCUUUUCAACUUGGACUCUGACAUCCUGAAGACCAUCCAAAAACAUGAGCCUAAAGGCCUACACACCUCAGCCACACUGCGAGAUCUGCUGUUUGGUGUUCCUGGGCGCCACACAGGAGUCAGUCACUACAACAGGAAGAGGGUGGUCACAUACACAAUCACUGUAGUACUGUCCAGCUAUGAUGCGAGGUUCUUGGGCAGCCUGCGGACCCAUCUUAAGCAGCUGCAUCCAUCAGCUAAUUGCAGCCUGAGGAAAGACCACAUGGUUCACGUCCACUUUAAGGAAGAGAUCGGCAUCGCAGAGCUCAUCCCACUUGUCACCACAUACAUCAUUCUUUUUGCCUACAUAUACUUCUCAACACGUAAGAUUGACAUGGUGAGGUCCAAGUGGGGCUUGGCUCUUGCUGCUGUAGUCACUGUGCUGAGCUCUCUGCUUAUGUCUGUUGGACUCUGUACAUUGUUUGGAUUGACACCCACGCUCAAUGGAGGAGAGAUUUUCCCAUACCUUGUGGUGGUGAUUGGCCUGGAGAACGUCUUAGUCCUCACCAAGUCUGUGGUGUCCACCCCUGUCGACCUUGAAGUCAAACUCCGCAUCGCUCAGGGGCUUAGUAAUGAGAGCUGGUUCAUCAUGAAGAACAUGGCCACUGAACUCUGCAUCAUUCUCAUUGGUUAUUUCACUCUAGUGCCAGCUAUCCAGGAGUUCUGUUUGUUUGCAGUAGUGGGGCUGGUGUCUGAUUUCUUCCUGCAGAUGUUCUUCUUUACCACAGUACUCUCGAUCGACAUCCGCCGCAUGGAGCUGGCAGACUUGAACCGCCGCUUACCGGCUGAAGUGGGAUUACCUUCACUCAAGCCUGGACCCCUGCGUCCACGUGAGGUUCCACCCCCUCCAAGACCCUCCCCCCACACAAUCACCCUGCAAACCCCGGCCUUCAGGAACCUAAGGCUUCCUAAGAGGCUGCGUGUGGUGUACUUCUUAGCCCGCACACGGCUAGCUCAGCGCAUCAUCAUGAUUGGCACAGUGAUCUGGAUUGGCAUACUUGUUUACACUGACCCAGCCGGACUCCGCACUUACUUGGCUGCACAAGUAUCUGAGCAAAGCCCUCUCGGUGAUCCAGUAGGCGGUGGCCUGCCCCCACACUUGGAAGUUGCUCACGUGUUCCGUGGUGGAGAUCCGACCAGCACACUCAGCGUCCAUCCAGCACCACAACCGACUCCUAUACCUGAAAACAAAUCACAGGGCCACCAUGACUCAGCUAGGAGAACACAUCUACACCAGGCCCCACCUGCAGUUCCCCAGAUCACCUGGGGGGCAGAAGAUGAGGAAGGUUGGAGGAGGCUAUCCUUCAGGCACUGGCCAUCGCUCUUCAGUUAUUAUAAUAUCACUUUAGCUAAGAGGUAUAUUAGCAUCCUGCCCGUCAUUCCUGUGACGCUUCACUUGAGUCCCCAGGAGGCAAUAGAGACGCGCCAUCCUCAUGACACAAGACACCCCCUGCCACCCAUCCCCAAAGUCUCUGCAGAUCUGCAGGCAGAUCUCACCCUCUACAAGGUGGCAGCUUUGGGUAUAGCGGCAGGUGUGCUGCUGGUUCUGCUGAUGUUCUGUCUAUACCGGGUUCUUUGUCCACGUAACUAUGGCCAGAAUGGCGUAGCUCAUGGGCGCCGGCGGCGAGGAGACCUGCCAUGUGAUGAUUAUGGUUACUCGCCACCUGUCACUGAGAUCUCCCCACUUCUGCUGCGAGGCCACAGGAUGGACAUUGAGUGUUUGGCCAGUGAUGGGAUGCUGUUGGCUAGCUGUUGCCUGGCAGGACAGAUCCGGGUGUGGGACGCUCAAACGGGUGACUGCCUGACUGUCAUCCAGAAUCAUGGGCUGAGAUGGAGCAGUAGCAGUGGCUGCUGGGAACAACAAGAUGGCUGGGACAGUGUCAGUGGAGCUGCAGAAUCAGAGGGUUUUGGCUCUGAGGGAUAUGACUUUUCUGUCAAUGAAGAUGACCUAUCCGAGGAUGAAGCAUACGCACUGAGAAGCUACAGCAUGUCAUCGCGGCCAGAUCUGUUUACUGACCAACCUGAUCUCACCCAUCUCAUUGACACCAACUUCACCUCCCAGCCUCCUACCCAUCUCGGUACUCCGCCAAGAGGAGGCUUCAACUUUGGGGGCCUGGUGGAGCGAGCAUACAUGGAGUAUGAGCCUCCCUCACCCCCAACUUUCCCUUCCCCUUCCUCCGUGUGCUCCUCACCUCCCACAGGCACUCAGCUCCAAAGGAGAUUGAACCUCGGAGAUGCGACGGCUCCCUCGUUACAAGAAAAGGCUUCAACAGGUGCAGCACAAGUGACUGCAGACUGGGACAGUGCUGUCUGGUCCAUGGAGUUAAGAGGAAAUUUGAUAGCUGCAGGGAGAAGCAGUGGUAAACUGGAGCUGUGGGAUGCAGUUGAAGGGUUGCUGCGCUGCAGUAAUGAAGACGGUGUCUCUGGAAUCACAGCAUUAGCCUUUCUCAACAACAGAAUCGUAGCAGCCCGGCUGAACGGCUCUCUGGAUUUCUUCAAGAUUGAGAUCAACAAGCCUCUGAGUCUGCUGCAGUACAGGGGUGCUCCUGGGCGAGGCAGCGUGUCGCCGUCUCCCUGUUACAGCAGCGAGGACAUGAUCAGCUGCCAGCUCACACGCUCGGUACAGUGCGCCCACCAGAAGCCAAUCACAGUGCUGCGGGCGGCUGCCGGGAGGGUCGUCACAGGUAGCCAGGACCACACUGUCCGGGUGUGUCGUCUAGAGGACUCGUGCUGCCUCUUCACCCUGCAGGGUCACUCUGGAGGGAUUACAGCCAUCUACAUAGAUCAAACUAUGGUCCUGGCAAGUGGCGGACAGGAUGGUGCCAUUUGCCUAUGGGACGUCCUGACAGGGAGCCGUGUCCGCCAUGUUUAUGGUCACUGUGGUGAUGUCACCUCACUGGUGUGCACCACCUCUUGUGUCAUCAGUUCUGGACUUGAUGACCUCAUCUGUGUCUGGGACCGCAGCACCGGCAUCAAACUCUACUCCAUACAGCAGGAGGUGGGAUGUGGUGCGAGUCUGGGAGUGAUUUCUGACUCACUCCUGGUGACCGGGGGCCAAGGUUGUGUGUCUUUCUGGGACUUGAACUUCGGUGACCUGCUCCAGACUGUCUACCUUGGCCAGAGCAGUGAUGGUCAUGGUGUCCGGCAGCUGCUGGUGCUGGACAACGCCGCAAUUGUGUGUGACUUUGGCAGCGAGCUGAGCCUGGUGUACGUGCCAUCAGUGCUGGAGAAACUAGACUGAGGACACAAGCUGGAUGCUUUGCUGCGGCAAACGAUGUUUCUCCUUAUCAUUCCUGGGCCUGGUUUUCAUUGUUUUAGACAUGAAAGCCUGUCUACACAUUUGCAGGAUGCCUUCGUGUGCGCGCAUGUGUGACAUGUUACAGCAGAAUGAGGACGACUUGCUGCAUCUUUACUUUCGUUGGCUGAGUGAAGAAACCUGAGUGGGACUUAACAGUUUGUGCUUUCUAUGUUUGUUUUGUGGCUCUGCCCUCUAUGCUGCUGAUGUGGGUGGGGCUUCACAUGGGCCCGCCCACCCAGAGAGGAAGAAAGUAGUUAUUAGAUAUUCCCGCUGCCUCAUUUGCAAGGAUCUGGACAGCAUGGUGGCCUGUUCACUUGUGGUCCAGGUGUGAUUUUUGAUUUCAUUUUUUUGCAGAGAACAAAGUGUGUGUGUGAGAGAGGAGUGACUGCUGUACAGAGUAAUCCUCCAGAGAGGGCUCUUUUUAUAUAAAUUAUUUAUUAGCAACACUUUUUCAAAUAACAGUUUGCUAUAAAUAGCUAAUUGUGGCUAUUGUAAGAAUAGCAUGAAUGUAAAUGUAUUUUGGGUAAUUAUUAUUAUUUGUGAUGUUAAAUGGGAAAUGAGUGUUUUAUUUGUGGGGGUUGCAGAGGGAAAGUUCCUGGUUUGUAGUCCAGCCUGGACCUCUGGGGUUACUGAUGGUGUUGGAGGGAUCGCUGUGGCUUCAUCAGGCGCCACCUCCAAACUUUUUAAAAUCUGAGGUCGCUCGACCCAGGCUGCAAUGUCACCAUGUUUACAUUGGCUCGCUUUUAUUUUUUUAAGGUUUUUUUUUUUUUUUAACCACGAUUUACUGUAACUUAGUCAACUUGACAUUUUAAUGUGCAAGAUUUCCAUUUUAGCCACACAACUCUUGCUGUAAGUCACUGUUUUGGACCUUGCAGCACAUUCUGUAGCCAUCACCAAGUUGUGCACUGAAUCUUUAACAGCCAGUAAAGAUGUGAAAACAGUCAUAAAUCCAGAUGUGUGCUGGUGAGAGACUUGCUGCUGAAAGUUUAGUUAUUUGAACAACAAUAAGUGUUGGUGACUUCUUCAUGGCCAACACUGAAUUAUUCUAACUCAGGCCAGCAGCUGCGCAGAUGAAAGCAGUCAUUUACGGUCAAUCAUUUAUGUGCUGCGUUGUCCCAGUUGUUAGCUUUUAAAUCAUUUUCUGAUGUCCACUCUAACAAGAAAAAUUAACUUGCAACCCUGAAAAUUUUGAUAAACAUGGUUUGACCCACUUUGAAGUACAAAUACAUUCAUCACAAAGCUGUCAGUUUUUCCCUUCACAAUUUGAGUUUCAGGUUUGAAAUCGCUAACCUUGUUCAUUUCCACUGAAAAACUUCAGUUUUUUUUAAGACUCCAAGAAGGACAGCGGUGAAAUAAUCUGUUGAAAUGAGAACAUGCAAAACUUGUCAUCUAUGAAAUUCUCAAUUUGUCUAAAUUGGGAAAUAAGAAUGGGAAAAUGCAAUUUUACUCUUAAAAUAAAUUCACAGUACGCAUUCAUAAAUCAUUGCACUUUUUUUUUAAAGUGUAUAUUAUGAAUUAAAAUUUAAGAGGGGUAGAAUAGUGGAAUGUAAAAAAAAGAAAAUUCUUAUACAGUUCUGCAGUGUGAUGUGGAAACCCAUGUUGAUGCUAUCAGGAAGUGGGUGGGGCUCCAUGGUCAUCACCCAACAAGCAUGAGUGAGUAUGAUCGGCGGAUUAGUGUUACCACUGCACAAGCGAGUAUGACAAAUAGGUUUAUGAUUGGAGAAAGGAGUUAAAUGAUCACCUGUCACUCAGACAGGCAGCAUUGAAUGUUUUUCUUUUUCACUGAAAACUAAAAACCAACUUAAUUUGAGCUGAACCAGGAGAAACAACACAAAUUUAAGCAGUUUUUUUUUUAAAGGUUCACAAGAUGAAUGGGACUUUGGUUUAACGUAAGACCAACUAAUGCUUUAUGAUAUCACAGCAUUUGUUGACAUAAGGUACUGCUGUGACCACUGACUUACAGAGAAGGAUGUGUAGAUUAGCAUUAGGAGCUUUAGCUUUUGGUUUUAGUAUAAACACACUGCACACGCCAGGGAAGCAGCCCAGUUCUGGUUCCAGAUAACUGAAGCAUCCGAAACAUCUGCAGAACUGCUCCGAAUUAAAUUUCAUUACAGCAGUUUAAGUUUAGGGAUGACUGUGUCUCACAGGAAUCAUAGGUGUGCUCGUGUUGGCUCUAUAACAGUGUCGGUUUAGUAGCUUUGCAUUUUUCUGUCAGAAAGCUGUAGAAAUGGCACUUUUUUUCAUAGGAAUGUGAAUGAUUUUCAGUGGGAAGGCUGCUGUCUCUCAUCCAGAUGUCAAUGUCAUUUUCAGACUGCAGCCUGUGAAUGUUUCUGUCCUGUCUGAUGACAAAGGAACAUUUCCUGUGGCUGAGUACGGAGAAAAAAAGUGUCAUUUUUCCACAAAUGUCAGGAUUGUGGAAACAUCUCUAAUGGUUUAAAGUAAAUGUGUUCCAAGUCUCCCAGCACUGGCUGAAUCAACAGGAUGUUACGGAGGCAGUUUAAUUUACUAUUUUAUAACAAACGCAAAUCUUUGUACUAAUUUUCAAAUAAAGAAGCUUUGAUACAACA